CUAGGCUUUAUGGGGAAGGUUGUUUAUAUGAUUGUCAGUUUUGUAUUCAUCUCUUGAACUUUUUGACAGGAAUGAACUUAAAUUAAAUGAUCUCUCAAUAUUUAUAUAUUUUUUCAAGCAUCUCUGGAAGAGAUACCUUUGUACCAAAUCACUGUCUGCGACAAAUGAUUAAUCUCUAAAUCGUGAUGGCGUCCCUUUUCUAAUUUUAAUUAAUUCUUUAUUCCAUCGACACAAACUAGAGAUGGCCGCUGUCAACUUUGAAGGGAAGGAAGUAGCAGGAUUCGGCUUUAAUUAUGGGUUCUGAAGAUGUGGAAGUCCAGUGUCAAACUCAGUCAGCUUCAGCUAGUGUACCCUGUGAAUCUGCAGCAUCAUAUGGCAUUGCCACUGUGCCAUUUGUAGCUUCAGUUUCUGUUGCCCCUAAUCGAUCAAGAACUGGAACUCCAGUUUCAGCAGGCACAGUCAUGCUUGCCCAAUCAGCAGCCUCGCAUACUCCUCCCCAAAAUGUAGCUGUCCAGCCUUCUGUUGCAGCUUCCCCUCUCCCACAUGUUCAAGUUAUCCAACAACCUUUACAGAAUCAGUAUUUGCAGCAUUUAUAUGCUCCUCAGCAACAACACAUGUUUCUCCCCGGAAAUUUAACUCUGCAACCUACUAUCCAGAGUAUUGGUGCUACUCCUGCUGGUAUAAGCCUGCAGUUACAAGGGAAAGGCAUGGAAAAUAAAGCAGCCACUCCAACAAUUAUAUCUGCAGCACCAAUGCAGACAGUUGGGAAUUUUGGUGCACAGAAUAUUAUACCUGCUGGCAAUCAAAUGGCUGCUGCUGCAAAGGCUUGCGUACCAGGCCAAAUGCUAGCUGCUUCAUCAAAAUCAACUGUAAUACAGGGACAGUCUGGUUUCAUUCCAGUUACAACAUCAAACCAAACUGUUGUCAUUGGACAACUUGGUGUCUUGUCAAAUCCUCAGACUGUUUUACCUCAUCAAGCUAAGGCAAUUUCAGACAGCCAGAAAGGGAAGUCAUAUCUUAUUUCACAACCUGCCACUCUUCAUCCAAAAUCGCCAAUCUUACCAUCUCCCAAUGUUUCCUGCACUGGGCAAAUGAUUGCUACAAGUCAGUUAAAACAGAUUCCAGCAGCUUCUCAUAUUCUAACUACACAAGCCCCUACAAUGAUUACUAAUCAGGCACAGCUUUUAGGAUCACUUCAAGCUUUAGGUGUUCCUCCAGGUAUUACAUGGGCAACUCCUGGAUCAUUGCAUUCAUCGGCAUUGUUUGGACAGAAUCCCAUUUUUAUUCGGAGUCAGCAGUCUGAUAUGUUUAUACAGUCACCACCACCUCAAGCAACUAUUCAUGCAGUGCCUGUGGCUCCUCAAAUGCAGCAGCAGCAGCAACCUCAGCAACAGCAGCAAACUCAACAGCAAGUUCAAACACAGCAGCAGCAACAACAACAACAACAAAUCCAGCAGCAAGCUCAACAACAAGUGCAGCAACAACAGCAACAAGUUCAGCAGCAGCAGAUUCAGCAACAAGUUCAACAGCAGCAGCAGCAGCAACAACAACAGCAUCAGCAGCAGCAACAACAACAACAACAACAGCAGCAAAUUCAACCACAAGCUUCUCAACAGCAGCAAAUUCAACCACAAGUUUCUCAACAGCAGCAAAUACAGCAACAAACACAGCCUACUAUUCUACCAGCUCCCAGUACUCCUGCUCCUCAGGUCAUUAAAGCUAAACCACCUAUACGACCUGGUAGUUCUGUAGCAACUCAAACAGUUGUGUCUACUUCCACUUCUACUAGUACUAGCACAGCCAUAAGUAAAGCUCAGAGCAAACCAAGAUCUCGUUUCCUGCACUGUCGAACAGUGUCAAUUCCUACGAGCUCUUCUCAUUCACAGACAGCUACUACUCAAACACAAACGCAACCACCCCCAAGUCAAAAAGCCGAUGCAGCCAACCAGACUAAACCAACAUCAGAACCAAAAUUAGCUUCAAUUUAUAAUAAGAUAUUAGAGCCAUUCAAUAAAUCAGCGGCAACCGAAACUGCUUUUUCCCCAACUGCCCCAGAACCCAUUGAAAUCGAAGUUGCCCAAGCUGCUGAGCCUAUAGAACCUGUAUCAACUCCUGAUGUUGCCAUUGUCACUCCAUCACCUGCUGUACCACUUGUUGAUGAGUGUGUGCAGAUGGAAGUGGUGGAAGAACCUGUACCAGCAUCAUCUCCACCAUUGCCUGCCCCAGUUCCUAUUGAAAAAGUCAUUCCAAGUCGAAAAGAAGUUGAAGCUGAUAAUAUUGGAAUUGUGAUGCCAAUGCCUGAAGUAACUGUUAAAGAAAAACAACCACAGAAGGCAAUAGUCAAACCUCAUGUGUUAACUCAUGUUAUUGAAGGAUUUGUCAUCCAAGAAGGCUCAGAACCAUUUCCUGUCACUUUGCCUUCGUACAGCAUACCUGCUAAAGAAGAAAUUGUUGAAAAAUCUAUGGAACCUUAUGGCAGUGCUCAGACUGCAGAAAUUCCUGUUAUAAAAAAGAAAGAUAAGAUUCCUAAAAUUCGUGGUGGACCAGUGGAGCUAGCAAAAUGUGAAUACUGUGGUAAACUUGGACCAAAAGCAAAAUUCAAAAGAUCAAAAAGAUUUUGUUCUACAUCAUGUGCUAAGCGAUUUAAUGCUGGCAUUACAAAACGCUUUGCUAUUAUUUUACCAGAUCAGGAUCAAAAACCAGGAGAAGAAAUAAGAAAACAUAAAAAGAAAGGCAGUAGUAAAAAAGGUGGGAAAUCAAAAAAGAAGAAACUUGGCCUGAAAUCAAAGAAAAGCUGGAAAAAAUCUGAAAAUAAGGUGUAUGAGGAGAAAGAAUGGAAUAUUCAGCCAGUUCAACAUAUACCAGAAGAAAUGAUUGAAGAAAAGACAGAAAUUCCUGAAGAGCCAAUGGAAGAAGUAUCCAGCAUGGAAGUAGAAGAAAGUUUAAAUACUAGUGUGUGUAAAGAAGAAGAAGAGGAAGAAGAAGAAAGCCGUCCACCAACUCCAGUUGUAGAACCAGUUGAAGAAGAACAAGCUCCUGUGUCUCAUACAGAGUUUGCUACAAAAUCCCCAUUGAAAUGGACGGUUACUGAUGUUGUUGAUUUUGUUCGAGAUAUGCCUGGGUGUUCAGAUUAUGCAGAUGAAUUCAGAGCUCAGGAGAUUGAUGGACAAGCACUUUUGCUUUUAAAAGAAGAUCAUUUAAUGAGUCUCAUGAGUAUGAAACUGGGACCAGCUCUAAAAGUUUGUGCUAAAAUAAAUUCCAUGCGAGAUGAAGUCAGCCAUUAGGUAUGAACAUUGUUAUAUCUGAUUUUGAUACAGAUUUAAUUCCCACAUGACUUCUAGAAAGCAUUUGAGCUUGACAGGUUGGUGGCAAAAACAUUUCCGGUGUAAUGAUUUCAAAAGACUAUUAUUAAAUUGUAAUAUAUUUAUAGUGUUGUAAGCAAAUGCUUGUGAAUGUGUGAAAAACAGUGCUUCUUCUGUUGUGGAAGUUGAGUUUUUAUUAUUCUGAGACAAUGUGUAAACGCUCGUUUUUACUUGACACUAAGUAUUGAAGGACAUCUUUUAACUUAUUGAGUAAUAAUACUCAAAUUUUUUAGUUAUUUAUCAUUCAGACUUUCAUAGAAAUAUUUUUCACGUGCCUGUUUCCCAUUUAAGUUGUCGUAUUUUGAAACCAUGUGUUAUACAUUCCUUGUGAAGAUAUGCAUCAUGUUGCAAGGUUCAUUAAGUAUUUACAAAUAAAAACUCAUUACUUGCAGGUAUAAGCAAUGACAAUUUGAAAUGGCAAGUAAAAAGUCUAAUACUCAUCAAACUGUAACUAAAAAGCUUGGUUUAAGAGCAAUCUUUUUAGGGAUUGUAUUAAAAAUAAACAGUUUGAUUGUUCUAAAAAAUGCACAGAAAUGCCAAAAAUUAAAAAGUAAUUCUGUUUAUGCUUCACAAGUUCAUUAGAAAGUUAUCAUUUUCUUAAAAUACACUUUAAAAAUAAGUGCAUUUUUAUUUUUUCAUUGCGUAAGUUAGUAAAAUCUCUUUUCACAAAGUUAAAAUGAGAAGAAAAUGAUUAAUUCAUUUUGCAAUGAUGUUAAAGAAAAUAAUCAAAAUAUAAAGCUGACUAUUUUUAUGCUGACAAAAGAAAUUAUUAUGCAAUAUAUUUUUAAAAAUAAAUAUCACUAAAAUGUCAAAACUUUCUGUUAAUUCCGAAAAUUCAAACACAACCAUGCAAAUUUGUGAUCAGUCUUUUUGAAGAUUUGACAAAGCUUUCAUUGUAACUCAGAGUUGUAGUUUUUUUCAGAAAGUAAAAUAUUAUUUCUGAAAAAAAAAAAAAGAUAAUUGCAAAUUAAUCAAAAGAUUGGUCACAAAUUUUUAAUAUA